UUUAUGAUUCUACUGCAGUCAAAAACGAUUGAAAUAGAUACUUGAUUGUGUCUUUAUGUUUUGAGUUCAGACAGUAUUUAAUAUUGCUUUUAUAUGUUUUAAGUAUGUGCUACUGAGGAUGUGAAUAAUAUCAUUUCAUAACAAACUGCUUAUAGUUAAUGAAAGCAAGAAUGCUGCGAAAAGCGAGAAACUUUAAACGGAGUGUUAACAAUAUGUUUGUUUUGUUAUCCUGUCUUCCUAAAGAGUUCCUGCUUCCCAUCAUAUUUUUCACAUUUGCAAGUGCUGGAAUUUCUUUGAAAGUAUUACAUGUCGUUCCCAAUGGAGAGGAGCAAAUUUAUCUGAAGCUAGGUGAUAAGAUAAAUUCAGUAUUUUUACCGAAUUACAAAAACCCCUGUUGGUAUGAAGAGACCGAUAACAAUAAAACACCGCAAAUAAAAUGUCUGCCAUUCUUCUACAUCAUUGGCGCUCCUAAAUGCGGUACUACAGAUCUACAUACCAGACUGGUAGCACAUCCUCUUAUCUCCAGAAAAGUUGUCAAAGAACCUCACUGGAUAAACAGGGAGAGAUACAUUUCAGGACAUGAACUGUCAAAUUAUCUUCAACUUUUCAACAAAGCAGUACAAGAGGAUAUUGUCAACCUGAAGAAACAAAAUGGGUACCAUCCUGCUAUAUUUGGUGAUUGUAGUGCCUCUACAUCAUGGGAUAUCAGACUUAUGUUAAAAGAAAACAGAUAUUUGGGAUUUACUGAGCCUCCUUACACAAACGCAGAAAUAAUCAAGAACAUGAAUCCCUUUUCAAAAGUCAUUCUCAUAUUGCGGAAUCCUACACAAAGGUUGUAUUCCGACUAUAUAUAUUUUGGCAAAGGAGAAAAUGCAUAUAACUUUCAUCAUAGUGCGUUAGCUGCUGUGAAAAAUAUUACACUUUGUUUAAAAAAAUAUAGUUUACGCCACUGCACGUACUUGGAUUUGCCGAAAAAGGCUAGACUUCAUAUCGGGAUAUAUCAUGUGUUCAUUGAAGACUUCAUGCGUGUGUUUACACGUGAUCGAAUUCACGUCCUGAAACUGGAAGAAUAUUCCGAGAACCCUGUGAAAUAUUUAGACGAAGUGUUCUUGUUUUUAGACUUAGAUCGAAAUUAUUCAACCAGAAAUGAUUUGACCCAGUUAUAUAUGAACAGAACUAGCAUAGCAAACAGAAGAAAGGAGAUUGCUCCACACGCUGGUGAUAUACUUCAAGAAACAAAACUAAUAUUGGACGACUUCUACAGACCUUACAAUGAACGUCUGGUAACAUUACUUGGAAAUAAAUUCAACUAUAACAGUAACACUGAAUAAAAUUCUGUAUUAUAUUAUAUUACGUUUACAAAUUACAGGCAGAGUUGUCCAUGCUUGCUUUGGUAACAUAACCAGUUGAAUGGAUUGCGUGAAUAAAACAAAAACAUUUAACAAUUUCAGUGAAUCUUCAAAACGUAGAUGCAACGUUAAAUGUUAAAGUAACAAGGCACCCCCACAAAUUAUCUACGCUUCUUCUUUCUGGCUUGCGAAACUACAGACAACUUAUUUCUCUUACUAGGUUUUAUUACUUUUAUCUUUCUCAAACACAUCCCAUGUCGACGGAUAGUCUUCUUCAUGAAUUGGUGUCGCUUUGAAUACAUGUAUAAUAAUAAUAUAUAAUGUCGUCGCCUGAGUGGAACGAUGCUCUAUUUACCAUUUUUUGAACGUGGAGAAAAUCGCUUCCAAAGUUUAACUCGUGUCUAGUUUCUUUAUUUCUGGGCGAAAACGAGAAUAAAUAUACCUACUUGUUCCUUGCGUUUAGUUUAUUCUGACUAUAAAUGUUUUUAAUACUAUUCUUUUUAAAUUUUCUGCAAUUAUACAUUUUUCUCUUUGGAGAUAGAGCAAAUUUGACAAAAGUAACAAAAAAUGUCAAAGGUGCAUAGCUCUACCAGGAGAUGGAGAACUGUGAAAUUACAAAAUUUGACAUAGUGUAAAAUAAUAUUUAUCAUAUUGAAAUCAGGGCAAUGAAUUUCGUAUGACCUUUUAAACAGUAUUGACAGUCACUGUUCUCAUUUUGAAUUUCCAGAAGGAUUGGUUUAGUUUUUACUUGGGUUAUCGUCAAACUGACACAAGUAUAGGCCAUUAUUUAUUGCAACUUUCAAGCAUUUGAUGGUGGAGAAAGACCCUAUGGGCAUUAUUUUUGGCACGUGUGCACACCUGACUUUCCACAUGUCAUGGCUUCUUUACAUGAAAUAAUUCUACACACAAAGCGAGGUUUCGAACACUGGAUUUAUUUGCCAAAUUCUUGACCAUGCUGCCCAACAACAAAAUAUUUUGAACGUUAAUUACUCAUUAACAGCAGUAAUUAUUGUCAACAAUGUCUUUUUAGUCAGCUAUUAUAUUUCUCGUUAUGCUAAGUAAGUAAGUUUAAAUUUAACAUAGUACUAAGCAUUAUAACAAUACCUAAUAACAUUGACUUUGCAAUUUAAUAUUCUCAGUUAUAAAUAUUCUCUUUCACAAAAACAACCGUUUUUAUAUUACUAUCAAUUUUCUGCAUGCAACUGUUCACUGCAUCCAACUUUCUCAGUUAUAUCCAUACUUUUAACAAAAACACAACCAAUGUUAUAUUCAUGUCUAUUUAGCUCACCUGAACUUUGUGAGCUUUUAGUAUAAGUGGAUGGUCCGGCGUCUAUCGUCCUGUGUCAACAUUUGUCUUAAACUUCUCCUCUGAUACUACAGGUCACAAUUAUACCAAACUUGGUCAGUAGCUUUCUAGCAUAAACCUUUAAGUUUGUUCAAAUGGUAACCUUGGUCCUUUUUGGGGGCUGCCAGAGUUAAAAGAAAUAGAAAAACAUUUACAGAACUUCUUCUCAUGAACCCAUUGAUGGAUCUUCAUCAAAUAUAGUCUCUAGCAUCAUUAUAAGAUCCUCACCUACUUUUGGUCACAUGGGGGUACUUGGCCCGUUUUAAGGACUAAAAUUAGAAACACUUUAAAAAGAACUCUUCUCAUGAAACGCUAAACUGAUCUUCGUAGCAUCAUCAUAAGGUCCUCUCCUAAAUUUGUUCAAAUGUAAGCACGUGGGCCUUUUUCAGGGGCCACUAGAGCUAAAAUAGAAAUUCCUUUAAAAGACUUCUCAGGAAACGCUCAAUGGAUCUUUAUCAAACUUGGUCUUGAAGCAUUGUUAUUAUAUUUUUUGUUGGGUUUAAAGUCUAUUUUAGGUCAUAUGGUGACUUUUCCAACUUUGUUGAUGGAGGAUGUCCCCAGGUGUCCCUUCGUGUAUUAUUUCAUCACGAGCAGGCACCUGGGUAGAGCCGUCGACCUUCCAUAAGCCAGCUGGAUAGCUUUCAGAUAUGAAGAAUUCAAUGCCCCUAGUGAUCCUCUUAUAAUUAUUAUAAGGUCCACUCCCAGUUUUAUACAUAUGCGGGCACAUGGAAUAAAACUCAAACAUGAUUAAAGAACCAUUAACUCAUUAAGGACGCAGAUCGCAUUUAUGUGUUCAUCUUAUCGAGUACCGCAUGUCGUAUUUAUCCGUCAAAAGAUAACAGACGUGUUUGCCGAGGAUCAUAAUAAUGCGCUAUCUGCCUGAUUGUACUUUAUGCCGCGUGACGUGAUUUUACGUUUGUAAGAGUACUACCAAUUAGACUGCUGUCAAAGUCAACCAAUGAAAUAUUUUACAUUAAAGAUUUACAAAACCUGGAAGCGAUCAGACAAUCAAAAUAUUUUUUAUUUAAGCAAGUAUUUUCAAUAUACUCAUCACUAAAUAUCGAAACUAGAAAGUUAUUUCUUGGUAUUGCCUGUUUCAUCUUCUCAUUCUAUUAUUCUGCAGAAUCUUUCUUUUUGAUUCAGUAUUUUUAAUUUUAUAAGAUAAACCAUAAUUCUGUUUUUUCAUAAUGUCAUUUGCUUUAAAGUUUAGCAAUAAAUGAUAUUUGAAUAAAUAUAAAAUAAUCAAAUAAUGGCUGUUUUUUCUAUGUCAAAUCUUUCUUGAAUAUUGCAGUUUUCCAUAUUCAUGUUACUUCAGUAGGUCUUUGAGACAGUUUUGCCAAUUAAAAUAAUAAUAAAUUUUAAAUUAUUGAAUAGAUCAU